GUCCCGGUGACGUCACGCGCCGUACUGCGGCGGCAGCAUCAUGACCAGAGGCUGAGCAGAAACUCUGCGCCAAAAACCCGGAGCGCGGAGAGCGACAUGAAAGGAAACGCGACCCCCUGCACCGUCUUUGCGGAUUUCUUCGGAGCGUGAAUCAAAGCCUCCCACGCACGCUGGCACGCACGCACUCACGCACUCACUCACGCGCCUAUCCACGCGCUCACUCACGCACUCGCUCACGCGCGCAUCCACGCACUCGCUCACGCAUCCUCGUACUCACUUACGCGCGCAUCCAUUCACGCACCUGCUCACGUACGCACUUUACCCAGGCCUUCAUGCUGUCCAGUGCCAACCAGCGUUUGGGAAGGACCAAACCAAAAGCAUGGAUGUGAAGAACAUGCGAGAAUACAUGGGCUGGCUGUACUACCAGUAUCUCCUCAUCACAGGCAUCUACGUCCUGGAACCAUGGGAGAAAUCCAUCUUCAAUACAGUCCUCUUUACUAUGGUGGCCAUGGUGGUCUAUACUUCCUACGUCUUCGUACCCAUCCACGUGCGCCUGGCACUGGAGUUCUUCUCAGGACUGUGUGGGGAGCAGCCGGAGAGUACCGUAGCGCUUAUGAGCUAAAAUAUGGACCUUUUGUUUCAUUUUGAUUUGGAGUUGUUUGUCUCUUUACUCAGGAAGAUUUGGGAGUGAUAAAAGAAGAAGAUGCAAUGU